GUGCCUGUUGGUAUCUAACACCUGUAGACUCUGGGAAAGCGCCUUUUUCUUAAUCUUGAGUUCCACUUUAAGUGCAUACUCUUUUCCGUUGCGUGAAGCCAUAUCCAAAGCUUUCAGAGGAGGUUACAGCUGAUAAGCACGGGUCUCAAGUUCAACCCGACAGUCUGGAAAACCCCUUAUGUCCAAGCAAAGCGGAGCACGACCAAGGUCGUGCCUGCGUACCUAGGAUACUUCUACUUAAUCACACCUCUUGGUCCUGCAACAAUCCCCAAUCAUCUUUCACAUCAUAUCCCGCAAGCAACUGUGACUUACUCGCCCUUUAUGCAGCCGAAAGCUUAGCCAUCGCGAUUCAUCGCAAGAUAAAUCCAUGAUCGUCAUCAUCUGAUUCAAUUAUCUUCCAAUCGAGUAAUCUCUUCGCAGUCUUCGCUCCUUACCAUCUAUCGACCAUCAGUAGCUCACCGACAACAUCGCAUUCAACAUGCCCCGCAUGCUACUACCACCAACCGUUCACAUCCUCAUCAUCACCAUCGUCGCUGCAGCCCAUUCCAAACGAAGCGCUUGAACCCAUGAGUUCCGUGGAGUGGGAUCAUCUCUCACCUGAAGCAAGGAUUCAAUCAGAAGGCGACAGAAAAUGGGGCUGGGUCGUCUGUCGGAGCUGCCACGCAUCAGAAUUCGACCCGCGCUGAGAGGAAAUCAAGAGCCAUAUCGUAGACGAGCUUUGUAAGGAUAUCGCUAAAUCCGACACACCCUCUAUCGCGAAAACGAUGGAUUUCGACUUUAUCGAGGACCCUGCCUUUGAAGGCGCCACGGUCACGCAGCUACAGCACUACUUCCAGGCUUGGGCGCGCACAAGCGAGGGAUACCAUUUUGUCGAGGGGACAGACACUGAUUUUGGCGCCGGCGAGGGAGGCCUCAGAACGUAUCCAGGUUAG